AUGAAUCCUCCAGUCAUUGGACCUGGCAUUGGAGUACAGUGGGCAACAAGAAAAGCUGCACACAAGCCAGGCUUUAUGGACAAAAGUAUUGCUAGGAUGGUUGCGAAAUACUACAUGACACAAACUUCGUGGAAAGGAAGUCAAAUUACAUAG